GAAGCUGAAACAAGAAACAGAGAUCGCAUCUCCGGCCGGCACGCCGGCGACCGGGAAGAUGAUGCAUCAAGCUGCGCCUGCGACGGAGGUGAUCCCGCUGAUGACGCCGUACAAGAUGGGCCCAUUCUCGCUCUCCCACCGGGUGGUCCUCGCGCCCCUCACGCGCUGCCGCUCCUACGGCAACGUGCCGCAGCCGCACGCUGCGGUGUACUACUCGCAGCGCGCCACCAAGGGCGGCCUCCUCAUCGCCGAGGCCACGGGGGUGUCUGCCACCGCGCUGGGGUUCCUGGAGACCCCCGGCAUAUGGACGCAAGAGCAGGUCGAGGCAUGGAAGCCCAUCGUCGACGCCGUCCACCGGAAAGGCGGGAUCUUCUUCUGCCAGAUUUGGCACGUCGGCAGGGCCUCCACCAACGAGCUUCAGCCCGAUGGGCAGGCGCCUAUCUCGAGCACGGACAAGCAGAUUUCCCCCAACGCCGUGCCAGGCGAGGUGUACUCAAAACCACGGCGGCUCCCGAAAGAAGAGAUCCCCGCGAUCAUCGACGACUUCAGGCGCGCUGCGCGGAACGCCAUCGCGGCCGGGUUCGACGGCGUGGAGAUCCACGGCGGGCACGGGUACCUCAUCGAGCAGUUCAUGAAGGACGGCAGCAACGACCGCGCCGACGAGUACGGCGGCAGCCUCGAGAACCGGUGCCGCUUCGCGGUGGAGGUCGUCGACGCCGUCGUCGGCGAGGUGGGCGCGAGCCGCGUCGGCAUGAGGCUGUCGCCGUUCAUGGACAUCAUGGACUGUGCGGACUCCGACCCGCUGGCGCUCGCCAGCUACAUGGUGCGGGAGCUCAACAAGCAUCAUGGCUUCCUCUACUGCCACAUGGUGGAGCCUCGAAUGGCCUUCAAGGGCACGUUUGUUGUUGAUGGUCGCAAGCAGAGGCAGAUUCCACACGGGCUCUUGCCGUUUCGGAAGGCAUUCGAUGGGACGUUCAUUGCCGCUGGGGCCUAUGACCUAGAGGAAGGCAACAAGGCAGUGGCCAGUGGCUACACAGACCUCGUAGCUUACGGGCGGCUCUUCUUGGCUAACCCGGAUCUGCCUAAACGGUUCGAGCUAGGUGCACCAUUGAACAAGUAUGACCGUUCUACCUUCUACACACAAGACCCUGUUAUCGGCUACACGGACUACCCUUUCCUUAAUGAAGACCAUGAUGACUCGGUUGUUCAUACUUAAUGAUGUAGUUCAGUGAAUGAUUGCACCUGUUUUUUUCAAAACAAGAAUAAUGUGCAUGAUCCAUGCAUCAAACGCAUAAGGUUGAUUUAUUUCCGCCAUUAACCGUUGAUUAUUUGUAUACAUGAUUUUGUAGCAUAUAUAUACUUUGUUUGUUUUACCCUUUGGUAGCGUGCAAAGAAAUAAUGUAUUGUGUGUGCUGCCGGAAUAAAUUAUUAUUGAUGCUA